CCAUUUCUGUUACCAUUAUCAUCACUUUUUUAUUUGUUUGUCAAAAUUGAUGAUUGACUUACCUGUUAUUUUUUCCUCUCUCAAACAAUAGGGAUGCUUCCCACCCAAGCCUAAGUUGAAUCAUUCAAUUCCAAAGUAACUUGGACUCAGUCGAUUUAAUUGCGACUCAAUCAACUGACUUGGGAUUCUAAACUAGAGACUAGUUACUCCAUCUGGUGGAGUUACAAUGAAAACGAAAUAAAUUCUAUUCUCUUUUCCUUUCAUUCGUUUUUCUUUUGAAAAUUCGACUGGAAGAAUUCCAGUUGAUUCUAUCGGUUUGUUAGUAGUACAUGAAAACGAUACAUGAAUUUAAUUAUCAUACAGAUGUGUACUGUCAGUAAUGGUGAAGUCAAAUUGGUUUUGAAAACCAAUUGUUGUUUUGAAAAUCCUUUUCCUGUCGAAUCUAAAUGUCUAGAAACUGAUGAUCAGUUUAGAAAAAUUAAUCCAACUAAUGAUGCAAUCAUAGAAUCAACUUGUUGCCUUCCAUGGGAACCAAGGCAAAAUACGAAUCCGAUGAUUCCUGUGACAGAUUUAGACCCAAGAUUCCUUCAAAAACGAGCGCUUUCAGAUUCUCAUAUCUAUGAUGCGAGUACUAAAGUUCAUGUGAGAUUUUAUUUCGCUCUCGCUUUAUCAGAAUUAGUUAAAGAAAUGCCGUUGAGAAAAGUUGCUGAGAAAUUUGGUAUUCCUCGAGGUGAAUUACAAUCGAUUCAACAAAAUGCCGCAGCUUUUGCUGGUAUCAUUACGACGUUUUGUCAACGGUUAGGCUAUACGAAUCUCGGAUUGAUUAUUGGCCAAUAUCAGGAUCGACUACAGUUUGGUGUUCAACGAGAACUGGUUGAUCUCAUGGGUAUUUCUGUUCUUACCGUUGACAUUGCUCGACAUUUGUACAAAUCUGGUUAUGUAAAUGUUGCUGCAUUAGCUAAUAGUGAGGUUAACCAAAUUGAACGAGUUCUGUCAGAUGCUGAACCAUUUCGAAUGGAAAAUGAAUCCGGUUCGGAACAUCGUAAAAUUUGGAUCGGAGGAGCCGCUCGAUUCAUUGAUAAUCAUGAAUUAGCCAAAUUAAUUGUUGAAGAAUCUCGUAAAAUUAUAACGGAGUUUGUUGGUGUUCGAGUGGAAUGGGGACAGUACCCAUGAAAGUAGUUAGACAACAUCUCAUAGAUCUGUUCAUAUUUACAUACCCAAUGGUCAAAGUCCAAUUUCGUCAAAUUCUGAUAACACAAAGAGAUUAAAAAGUCCAGUUGAACAUUCAACUAUCGACGGAAUCCCUCAGCAUAAGCUUAAAAAAGUCGAUCCAUUACAAGCAAAUAGUUCACCAUCUAAACUGUCCCAUGCAAUCAACUCGACCGGAAUUGAAUUAGUGUCACCAUUAAAAAGUGUUACCAACAACUGUCAACAAUUUAUCACAAAACAUUGAAAACUUGACCAGCAAAGGAAAAUACAUUUUCUCAAAAGAAAAUACAAAAUUGAUAAACUGAAUCAAACAUAAUGUUCACUUUUUACAACGAAAAAGCACCAAAGCAAAAACAUGAAUCAAAUCUUUUCUACUUUGACAUGUUACCAAAGAAAAAAUUUUCGUUAUUUAUUUACUUUUUAUUAAUCAAAACAAAAUGGACACAGUCACCAAAAGGAAGUAAAUUUAUUUCUGUUUCCGUAUUCUUCUAAAACUAUUUAAAGUGUGAACAUCUAUUAUUUUGUAAUGAUGACUUAUGACUUUUGUUCCGUUUCUAAAUCUGAUGAUAUCUCUUCGUCAGUUAAUGUUAAUCUAUUCGAUUUGGUAAAGUUAAAGGACAAAAUGUUAUAUUCGUUCACGAAAACUCAAGUGAAGGCGGCCUGCCUAUUGUUUACCAGAGAACCCAAUUAUCAUUUUGAUUGGAUAAAACUACAAUCAGAGCUUCAAUAUUGGGAGGCUUACAAUCAAACCUGGGAUCAUGCCAUGGCUCGACAUUUUUACUCAGUCAUAACCGAAACAUACGUGAAUGCUGCCAAGGACACAGCAUGUCCGCUGUUGACAACAUGGAUGGAGCGUCGACAAAAUGAUUUAAGUGUUCCGCCACCGCAAGCUCCGAUUCUACAAUCCACCAUUCAUCGACAAAAUUGAUUCCUCUUCUUCUUUUCUCUCUCUUUGGGUUUUCUCCUCCUUUCAUUCUCCUUCUUCUUUUCUUUCUCUUUCUGCUUCUCCUUCUACCACUUGUUUCCAUUUCCAUUUCCAUUUCACUUUUAGUUUUUCUAUUCUCCAACACAGAUUCUCUUCUUUUUUCUUGCUCUCAUAAUUUUUUUUUCUUUUCUAAUUAAUUUCUAAUUGAUCCAAUUAAUUCGGAUUAAAGUUGCUCUUUUUCAUUAGCUAUCCAUGGGUAAAAAGG